AUGAAUGAUGAAACAUUUCAGCCACCAAAUGAUAUCGCUCCCUUAAUCGGGGCUCUUUAUGCUGCUUGUGAUAUGUUUCUUAUGGACGAUACGUGUAUGUUGAGAAAGGGCCGCCGGCUGGGUACCACUGGUAUUAACUCGGAUGAUAGACCCUCGGCACUUCUCUGUUCUCUUUUGUCGACAGAUGAGGGUGAAAAGUCUCCAGAAAAGCCUGCGAAGGCUAGAAAAAGGGGUUCUAUUGAAGGAGAAGCCCUGAUGGCAUUUAAGGACAAUCAAUUCAGACUACAUUUUAGAAUGAAUGCCGACACAUUUGAAAUGUUAUGUUCUGUUUUGGCACACCAUGUUAAAGAAAACCCAAGUCGGGGUAGAAAACCAGUGCCAUUAGAUAGAAAGGUAUUGAUGUGCCUCUGGUUUCUUGGAUCUCAAGGAGAAUCAAUUCGGACUAUUGCUAAGACAUUUGAUGUUUGUGAAUCCUCUGCUUCUGUGAUUUUGGACAGUAUCAUCAAAGCCCUAAAUAAUUUAAAGACAAUGGUUAUUCAAUGGCCAUCUGCUGCUGACAUUAAUGACAUCGUACAAGGUUUCUUUAAUAUUAGUGCCUUCCCAAAUGUUUUUGGCAUCAUGGCUACCACACACAUCCCAAUCCUAACUCCUAAAGACCAUCCAGAGGUAUUUGUAAACCGAAAGAAAUGCCACACUAUUGUACUCCAAACUAUCUGUGACCACACAAUGAAGUUCACAGACUGUUACACAGGCUGGCCAGGGUCAGUUCAUGAUUCUGUAGUACUUUGUGAAUCAGACAUUUUCAGGGAAAUAGAAAAUAACACUGCUCACUAUUUUCCAGAGGAAGAUGUCCAUUUGCUUGGAGCUGUUGCAUAUCCCUUGAAAAAGUGGUUAGUAACACCAUACUUGGAAGAUGAAAACUAUCUCCUCCCCGGCCAUCAAGAAUACAAUAGGCGACUCACUGAGACACGUCUAAUAGCUCAACAUGCUUUCACUUUGCUUCGAGGUAGAUGGAAGCGUCUCAAGUUUGUUGGAAUGACACGAACAGCUUUAAUUCCCAAUGUCAUCAUGGCUUGUUGUGUCCUUCAUAACUUUUGUCUUAGCCAUGAAGAAGAAUUUAAAGACUUUGUUAAUGGAGAACCUCUCCCUGAUGAUGAUGGAUUCCCUUCUCCAACUCCCAGCUACCCAGAUGAUGAAGCUGGCAGACUUAAAAGGGAGGCAAUCAUGGCUUAUAUUAGCAAUAACUAG